AUGGUUAGUCCCAUCCACGGACACCAGGUGAAGGACCCCUACUCUAAACAGAGGAAUAGAGGGUCUUGUUUGGGGGCGCCCCCCCAAACUGCCGGGCAGGUGGGGGGCCCCCUUUUGGGCCGCCCGCCCUGCGGGGGCGUGUCCCGCGGGGCCCGCGCCCGCCGCAGCCCCGGGGCACCCCUGCCCCCCGCCCAGUUCCGGGGCGACGCGAGGGUGACGCUGAUCUCGCUCUCGGCGUACGAGGCCGCCCACGCGCCCUCCAGGUACACCAAAGACGCCCACUGGGAGGCCACCACGCCGCGCUUCACGCCCUCGGCCGCCGUGCCCGUCGUGGCCGCCCACACCGCCGCCGCCCUCUUCUGCGCCGAGUUCACGGGCAUCGGGCUCAACCCCGCGCGCUCACUGGCCAUCGCUGCCGUGUCGGGCGCUUGGAGCUACCACUGGGUGUACUGGGUAGGACCUGCACUCGGAGGCCUCCUGGCAGCCUUCACCCACGAGUACACAGGCAACAAGGACCCGGACGCCCUUCCGACACCUUACCACCCGCCUCUCCUCCCUCGGGAUUCGUCCAGGCCCUCGGAUAUCACGUCGACCCUGGCUUCACCUUGCUGAAUCCCCCGCUUUGUCUUCUACCAGGAUAUUUCUUCUUUCUCUUUCUUCGUUGAGGUAGUCCCCCUUCUGUUUGUGUUCCCUCCCCUUCUUAGCUCAAUGGAUUCCGUCUCCUCCUCUCCCCGUGCUGAUGAAUGCGUCCUCCGUCCCUCGCUCCUUCUUCAGUGUAACCCUCCUUGCUUAGUGUUCCCCUUCCUCUUCCGCCCACCCUGCUAAAGAGAGUCUCUCCCUGCCGUGAUGUAACUACCUCCCCGUCUCUCUGAACCCUUGCCAAACUCUCCCUGUCGAGCUAACCUCCGUGACUCUGCAGGUAACUUUGCCAAAGUGGAGUAAGAUGCUAUACACAUGUUACCGAGGACGCAGGUAACCAUAGGCAACCAAGCUCCUCGUUUGUUUAAUAUUUUGUGUCUUAUGAAUGUAUAUUGAUGAGUAUGGUGUGUAAACAAUAGAAGUUUUUCGUCAGUUCUAUAUUCUAUAUGUAUUUUAUCCAUCCAGCAUUCACGUUGAAACGAAUUAUCUAUUGGAGAAUUAUUUAACAAAAAAAAUUAUAUAUAUAUAUUUUUUCUUCUUUGUCUGUUCAAUCGUCUAAUCGCCAGAACAUAGUUUUAUAUAAAAUCGACAUGCAAAUAACACUAAAAAAGGUUAAUGAGGUGUCCUGAGAUGCUUUACCCCAACUUUAAAAGUACAAUGACUUUUAGAUAAGAGAUCCUAACCGACCAAGUAAUAUUUCUAAGUACGUAGUCCGUCCUUUAGCCAUGAUGACAUCUUGUAGACACUAGACGUAUAGACUCUAUUUGUAAAUGUUUCUCCGUUAAUAAAGGGCUUUUCUCCUCUUA